AUGUUGGUUGUCGGUAAAGAUAUAAAUGUUUGCUUUCCUUCUAUCUCCAGACACCAACUGGACGCCCUGGAGAAACAACUGAAUCGCCUGAAAGAUGACAUUGCCCUGAAGGAACGGAGUCUGCGACUGGACAGCGACUGUCUCGAACUGCGCCGUGAACGAAUGGGUGGCAGUGGAAAACUGGAGGACAAGAAGCUGAACUGUCAAAAGUUGCUAGCGGAGCAGGCGACCGGCGACGAGAUUGUUUGCGAGGAAAAGGCGGUCGAGAGUGUUCCCUCGUAUUCCCUUCUCGACAAAAAGGCCGCUGCUUGCGCCGGAAUCAGUCCCCGCUCGGGCUGUUGUGCUUGA